AUGUAAAGUCGUCUAUUUAUUCAAAAAUAGUACAUCUAAUUUAAUAAUCGACAAAAUCCAAUCGCAAUUCUUAGAUAAAUUUGGAAGGGAGGGGAUAAUUACUAUUAAAUUUAAUUAAAUAAUAAUAUUUAUAAAUGUAGUAGGAGUUCAAGUUGCCCAUAAAAGAUUAUAUAACUCUAUGCUAAAUAUUAGAAUAAAUCACAAAAAGUCAAGAAAUUUCAACUUCAAGAGCAUACCUUCAUGUUUGAAGACAAUUACUCACCAGUUGAAAUUAUCGGAAGUGGUGCUUAUGGAUGUGUUAUUUAAGCAGAUGAUAAGAAUGCCAAGGUUGAGAAGGACAGAUAAGUUGCUAUAAAGAAAAUUGAAAGAGCAUUCGAACAUAGAUUGUAUGCGAAAAGAACACUUAGGGAAUUAAAGAUUCUAAGAUUAAUGAAACACGAGAAUAUUGUGGAAUUAAAAACCUUGCUUCUUCCAAAAUCAAGAGAAGAAUUUGAAGAUGUUUAUAUGGUCACUGAAUUAUUAGAAACAGAUCUGGCUUAAGUGAUCAAGAGCGAUCAGGUUUUGACUGACGAACACAUCUAAUUAUUCCUGUAUUAAAUUUUAAGAGGAUUGAAAUAUCUACAUACUGCAGGAAUAUUGCAUAGAGAUUUAAAACCCAGAAAUUUAUUAUUAAAUAGAAACUGCGAUUUAAAAAUCUGUGAUUUUGGAUUAGGCAGAGCCAUGGCUGAUCCUUCCUCUUCAAACAACGCCAACAUCAUGACUUAUUAUGUGGAAACAAGAUGGUAUCGAGCUCCAGAGUUGCUUGUGAGUUUCAAGAAUUAUACUCCUGCAGUUGACAUGUGGUCAGUCGGAUGCAUUUUGGCUGAAUUGCUAUUGAGGAAACCUUUCUUAAGAGGAGAUUCCACUAAAAGACAAGUCAAGUUAAUAUUUGAAUUGUUGGGAACACCAAACGAAGCAUACAUCCAAUCAUUCUAAGAUGAAAAGGUUUAGAACAAUCUCAGAAAGGUAAUUAAAGAAACUGGGCCAAAACAAGGUAUCCCUUUAGAGCAGUUGUUUAAAAAUGCCUCUAAAAAUGCAUUGGAUUUAUUAAGGAAAUUCUUGACUUUCGACUAUAGAUAAAGAAUCACAGUUCAACAGGCCUUAGAACAUCCUUAUUUGGCUUAAUUACACUUUGAAGCGGAUGAACCAAGUGCUUAGCUCGUUAAUCAAUUAGAAUUCGAAUUUGAAAAGUAUGAAAUGACUAGGGAAUAAAUUAAAGAUCUUCUUUAUGAGGAAAUACUUUUGUAUCAUUUCCCCGAAUUCUAAACAUCAUAUGAGGCAAAGAAGAAGUCUGGAUAGAGUUUGAUAUCUCAUGUAGUCAAUAAUGAAAACGCAAAAAUUUUUGAUCCCACAGCUGAUGAUGAUUUAGAUAGGGAUUGAAUAUAAUAUUAU